CAAUAAGAGGUUGUUGAGUGAACUCGGAGUGUCGUCGGUGUCAGAAUGGCAACGCCGGCCCUUUUUUCACUCUGACACACAUUGUUUCCUGUGCAGCCGCUCAGUCGCUCUGCACACAUCAACAACAUGGCUAUACGCAGAAAAGACAGCUUCCUCUGGGGGAAAGCGCCACCGAAACUGACCCCAGCAGAGAGGAGGCCGAGUGAAACGAUCAAGAUUCAUCAGUUCGAGCUGCUGGAUGACAUUCAGAAGCUGAGGCUGGAGAUCAAUCACGUCAAGCCAGAAAUCCACAGCCCUGAGUCGAAGGAGCAGAAUAAAAAUGUUGUUAGGAACAGAAGAUUCUUACGUGGGAAAAAGAAAUUCAACAUGGACCCCAAAACAGGCAUCAAUUACCUGGUUGAAAAUAACUUGCUGGAAUGGCGAGCAGAGUCGGUGGCCGAGUUUCUUUACAAAGAGGAGGGACUGAACAAGACCGCCAUUGGAAAUUAUCUGGGAGAAAGGGAUGAAAUGCACCUGGAGAUACUGAAAGCCUUUGUGGACCUGCAUGAAUUCUCAGACCUGAAUCUGGUGCAGGCGCUGAGGCAGUUUCUGUGGAGCUUUCGUCUCCCGGGAGAAGCUCAGAAGAUUGACAGGAUGAUGGAGGCGUUUGCAACUCGCUACUGCGACUGUAACCCAGAAGUCUUCCAAUCCACAGACACCUGCUACAUCCUGUCUUUUGCCAUCAUCAUGCUCAACACAAGUCUCCACAACCCCAACGUGAAAGACAAACCCAGCCUGCAGCGAUUCAUCUCCAUGAACAGAGGCAUCAACAAUGGGGAAGACCUGCCCGACGAGCUGCUCACGAAACUGUAUGCGAGCAUCCGCAACGAGCCGUUUAAAAUCCCAGAGGACGACGGGAACGACCUCACUCUGACGUUUUUUAAUCCGGACAGAGAGGGUUGGCUCCUUAAAAUGGGUGGCCGUGUUAAAACCUGGAAGAGAAGGUGGUUUAUUUUGACAGACAGCUGCCUGUACUACUUUGAAUACACCACAGAUAAAGAUCCGAUUGGGAUUAUUCCUCUGGAGAACCUGUGUGUCAGGAAGCUGCAAGACUCGAGCAAAUCGUAUUGUCUGGAGUUAUAUAACCCCCGAGGACAAAAGAUCAAGGCCUGCAAGACGGAGAACAAAGGCCGCGUGGUGCAAGGUAAACACCAGUCCUAUAAGCUCAGCGCCGCCACCGCAGAAGAACGGGACAACUGGAUAGAAGCGAUCAGGGCGAGCAUUACCAAAGACCCUUUUUAUGACUUGGUGUCUCUACGAAAGAGGAAGGUCAUCAGCAACACGUCCUCAUAAAACUGAAACAACAGACGUCAGCGGAAACAGCAUGUGGAUUUGGUCCCUGCACGUUUUUAUGGAUAAGUCAUACCAUGCAUUUAUGUCAGAGACUGUUCAGAAGAAACAGAAACAAAACUUAAUCGCACAGCAUUUCACAUAAAUGUAAAAACUGGGAAGUGACACUUCUGGAAGCUAUUUGUGGCUCCCAGUGUAAAGUCUUCACAUUACUUCUGCAAACUGCAUGCACUACUGCUCCAACUUCAGGGGCUGACGACUCCUACUGAUGCAUAUCUGCUGCAGAGGAAGGCUUAAGGGCCCCACCACAGUCAGAAGGGGAUAGGUAGUUGAAAUAUCAGUAUCAUGGAUGGAUUACUGAACAGGCCGACUGGGUGCAGAACCAGAGACCCUCCAACAAAACCUAUGUAUGAAGUGACUUAAGAUUACUCCCCUGAAAGUAAAAUGACAACAAAAUAAGUCAAAAUAUGCUCAAAAACAAUGAUACAAGAGACAUGAAACUACAGAGAACCAUAAAUGAAUUCAAAAUGACCACAAAAAUAACCACAAAGUGAUGCAGAACUGUUUUAUAGGGCUGCAAAAUGACCACAGAGAAACAAAAUAACUACAAAGGGACAGAAAGUGUUCAUAAAAUGACACACGUUCACAUAAUGAGUAUGAAGUGACGCAAAACAACUAUAAUUUGAUUCAAAAUGACCAAAGAGAGACAAAACCAAUAUAAUGACCAUAAAGAAACACAAACUGACCACAGAAUGCCAGAGUGAUAGGAAACAAAGUAAUGCAAAACAGCUACAAAAUUAAAUAAAAUGACCAAUGACAAAGAGAGACAAAAUAACUUCUGAGACACAAAACAACCACAAAAUGAUCACAAUGAUGCACAACUGCGACAAAUUGACAAAAUGACCCAAAACAACUACAGAGAUACAAAGUGCAGAGACAAAAAACAACUACAAAAAGACAUGAAAUGACCACAAAGAGAGACAAAAUAACUACUGAGACACGAAGCAAGAACAAUGUAAUGCAAAAAUAAUAAUUCAAAAAAAAAAAAAGAGGUACAAAACAACCAGUGACCAACGACGAGUGUUACUAAGCAACUACAAAUUGACACAACAGAACUACAAAGAGAUACAAACUGUUGUCUUGGUAUAGGAGGAGUUGGAGGUCUUUCACAUGUUUGUAUCCAGGAGCCUGAUGUCUCAUAAUCCAUCUAUGACUGUAGGAUAUUCAGAUACAAACAGCAGCUAUUUAUUGACAUCAUCUGUCUGAAAAUCAAAGUCUAGAUCUUUCUGACUGGAUCAGUGGGGUAAGAUCAAGUAGCACUUUGUUAAACCUGCUCUGGGUAUUUUUAUUUUGACUUUUAGGGAAAGAGAGUUUUUACACUUUUCUUCACUUUGUGACAAAAUACAAAUCCAGUCCUUUUCUUUCUUGUAAAUAUAAUUUUUUGUUCCUAUUAAACAUAUAAAUAGAGUGAAAAGGUACAAAAAAAGCAACAAAAAAUUGUGUCUUAAAUUAACUAGAAACUGUACAGUGUAUUUUAUUUAGAUAUUUUUUAUUGAACAUAUGUAGUCUAAUUUCAGUGUUUGUUAAUUAUUGAGUGUAUAACUUAAUGACUGCGGGAAUCAAACUAUUAGGUGUACAAUAAACAGCUUUAUUCUGAA